GAAGAAGCCUAACAAGCAUUCCUCCGUUGAAAACGGUUGUAAUUUCCGAAAAUUUUGCGAGUUAUGGACUGUUUUAUUAUAAUUUAAUCAAUAAGGGACCUGCUGCCUGCUACGCUGAACUAAAUAUUUAAGGACAUUUUUCCAUUCCGCUCAUAACCGUUUAAUUGGAACAACACAAAUUUGAAGUAAUAUCGCCGCCUAUCCGUGUCAUGCGCAUUGAAGUGGCACCUCCUGUCCCGUAGCAACGGCAUCCGAAUGUUUUGUUGUGGCCUUGGGUUUCGUUAUCGUUAUAGAUUCGUAUCCUUCAGCCGAUUUGUCGGUUUCAGGAAAUGUUCUAGUUAGUUUCCUGUAGAAAGUAAUUAAACAGAUAUUCGAAUUAGUGAUGUUCCGUCACGAGUAUGGCCUGGCUAUGGACCGGGAUCAGCACGGUGCUUCGGUCGUUUCCUCCUAUCAGGUGGACGAUCUGAUGGAAAAGCUAAAGCUACUGAACUAUGAGCGGUUGCUACUGAAGGAAAUGAAAAUGAAACAGAUCAAUCGAUAUUACUUCCUGAAGUCGUUCAACCCAGGCGAGCAGUUUUUCAUGUUCACUUCCAUAUCUGCCUGGUUGAUUAGAAAAAUUGGCAAGACAUUCGAUCAACCGCAGGAAUUCGAUGAUCCCAACCUAGUUAUCUCCCGAAUUAUUCGGGUGCUACAAGAAAUGGAUGUACCCACAGAUUUUCAAACAAACAAGCUGAUUCAAGGAGCGGGACCGAUCUGCAUCUACAUAAUGGAUUGUCUUGCAACGCAGGCAUUAAAAUUGACCAAGUUUCAAAUCAAACGGCCGGAGUGUAAAAAGGAAGACGAUCCGAUGGUAGAUUUAAUUGAAAACGAUUCGGAGGUAAUUUUGGAGAAAGUCGAAGAGGAACAGAUGGCCGAAGCCAGCGACGAGAGUGAUGACGAAACGAAUGGGUUGUUCGAUUUAAAUUUUUCGGACUCAAAACUCAAAAAAGUUACCAACAAGGAAUACAAAGUAGAUUCGCUAACCGAUAGCGAAAAUUGGCGCCUUGAGCUAGAACGAGUGUUGCCGCAGCUUAAGGUAGUCGUCAAAACCGAUCCACGAGAUUGGAGAGCUCAUCUGGAGCAGAUGAGAAGCCUUCGAUCAAAUAUCGAAUCGGCUACGGAGGAAACGGAUGGACAGCUGAAAAAACUUCAAAACGAUAUCGGCUAUGUAAUGGAAAAGAUAGAAAGUCGCGAAAAACAUUUGAACAAUGAUUUAAAGGACUUGAUUCACCAGUACAAGGACAUACUGGUUGAAUACAACCAGGUUAACAAUCAGAUAAAAGAACGCGACAGCGAAAAGACUGAGAAGGAACACGAACUAUCGAAGAUUACGAACGAGCUUGAAAACAUAAAAAUUCAGAUGGAACAAAGAGGCAAUUCCAUGACCGAUGGAAGCCCACUUAUUAAUAUUAAGAAAGCGAUUUUUCGAAUUAAGGAGGAAAUUUCUGAAAUGGACAUCAAAAUUGGAGUUAUGGAGCAUUCCUUAAAUUCGGAAAUAAUCAAACAAAGUGCCCAAUAUGCCGAACUGGAUUCGAUGGUUAUGGCGGCGCAUUGAUGAUGAGACGAGCAUCCGUGAUUCAAGUAAGUGUUUACUCUUCAUAUUUAUGAAAAAAAAUGGUUUUGAAUGAUUUUUGUUGCUCAAUAACUGUGAAAUAUAACCUAUAUUUUUAAUGAUAACUAGACAGGU